CCCUAGGAUGCACAUGAUACUGUGUUCACCACAUGGGUACAGGUUAUUUUAAAUUGUGGCGCCUUAGGACGCAGAAAGACCAAGGACCAUGGAAGGCCUGAUUCAGAGUCAUUUUUAUGAUUGUAAGGAGAUCACAACUUGCUACUGUUGCAAUUAAUCUUUGCAUGUGUGAAGGAUGGUUAGGUUAGGUGCGCUCUGUACUAUUCUCUUCUUCAUCUUUUUGGAUAUUGGAGCUAGCAAAGAUGAUUGUCCAUCUUCCAGAUGCAGUCUGGACGGCCCCGAAAUCAGAUUCCCAUUUCGGAGAAGCAAAGACCCAGAGCACUAUGGCUAUCCAGGAUUCGAGCUGGCUUGCCGGGGUAAUAACACCGUGAUCAAGCUUCCAUCAUCUGGAGAAUUUCCUGUAGCAUUCAUCGAUUAUGCCGGCCAGAUGCUCGGUCUUGUCUCAAAAUUCUGCCCUGCAUCCAUCGUCUUGAACCUUAAUGUUUCCAACUCGCCUUUCAGCUUCUUCAAUUAUGGCAUGGAAUACAAGCCUAGGAAUUAUACAUUCCUCAACUGUUCAACAGCAAAUUCAAUUAGAACAACCGACAGCAGAUACCAUUUCACCGUAUAUUAUUAUGAAAUUUACUGCCUACGUGAAUCUGAUGAUUACAUCUUCGCCGUGCCAUCAUCUUUUACCUUGAUUGAGAUACCAAAAUCAUGCAUGUCAAUGAAGACCAUUCAAGUGAUAUGGCCAUAUAUUUCUUAUCUAAAUAAUUAUACAUCCAAAUAUGAUGAAUAUGUUCCAACUCUGAAGUGGGAGAGUCCUGAUUGUGCUGACUGUGAAACUGGUGGAGGGACUUGUCGACCCGAUAAUUCCAGUAGUCAUGACAUUAUGUGUUCAUACCAGCCUCAGUGCAAUCUUCUACCAGAUCACCAUGGAGGUGGAUGCAAGAAGCGUUGGAUUAUAGGUGCAAGCCUGGGCAUCUUUGUUCUUUUAGUGACAACGGCAGCCACAAUUAAGGUAGGCCACUCUUGGUUGCUAAAAAGAAAGAAGGAAAAGGAGAAUCAACUACAGGUUGAAAAGUUCUUGGAAGAUUAUAAAGCUCUUAAACCUUUGAGAUAUUCGUAUGCUGAUAUCAAGAAGAUGACCAAUCAAUUCAAAACUAAAUUAGGUGAGGGUGGUUAUGGCAGUGUGUUCAAAGGAUUUCUUCCUAAUGGAGUACCCAUCGCUGUAAAGAUACUCGUAAGAUCUAUGGGCAGUAACGGUGAAGAUUUUGUAAAUGAAGUAGGCACUAUUGGUAGGAUUCACCAUGUCAAUGUCGUGCGUCUUCUAGGAUUCUGUGCCGACGGAUUCAAACGAGCUCUUAUCUAUGAAUUCAUGUCGAAUGAAUCACUGGCAAAGUUCAUUUUCUCAGUUGAUGGUAGAAGUACAUUGCUGGGCUGGGACAAGCUUCAUAAUAUUGCCAUUGGCAUAGCUAGAGGAAUUGAAUAUCUUCAUCAGGGAUGUGACCAACGUAUCCUCCAUUUUGAUAUUAAGCCCCAUAAUAUUUUAUUAGACCAUAAUUUUUGUCCAAAGAUUUCAGAUUUUGGGCUUGCAAAGUUGUGUUCAAAAGAACAAAGCAUAGUGUCAAUGACAGCUGCCAGAGGGACUGCAGGUUACAUUGCACCAGAAGUAUGCUCUAGGAACUUUGGAAAUGUUUCAUACAAAUCAGAUGUCUAUAGUUUUGGAAUGCUAUUGCUGGAAACUGUCGGUGGGAGGAAGAACAUGGAUGCUACUGUGGAAAACACCAGUCAAGUGUACUUCCCAGAAUGGAUCUACAAUCGUUUGUCUCAGAAGGAGCUUGGGCUCCACAUUAUUGAAGAGAGAGAUGCGAUUAUUGCAAGAAAGCUGGCUAUUGUAGCACUUUGGUGCAUACAAUGGUACCCAGUGGAUCGCCCUUCAAUGGAAAGUGUUGUGCAGAUGUUAGGGGGAAGCAUGGAGAACUUGGUAAUGCCUCCUAAUCCUUUCACUUCUGCAGGUCCACCAAGUGCUGAUCAUGUAGCUUUCUCUGAUAGGCGUGUUAACACCAAUUUAACAACUAUCCCUGAAAUAUACUCUGAGCAAGGAGUUGAUGCUUGUUAGUGUUGCUGUUACUUUUGUCAAGAAGUGAUGCAAGUGUAAUUGUCAAAAGCAUGCUUGUGUUUAUGUAUCGGUGUGAUCAAUAAUAAGUACACAAUUGUGGGA